UCUUCUCCACCGGUCUAAUCUAAUUUAUCCACCCAACUCGUCGCCGUAGUCUCUCUGUCUAUGAACUUUGCUUUUCUCUCUCCAGUUAAAUAAUUUUGUAAGUAAUCAUAGAAGCUCAAUUCUGUAGUAUUUCUAUCUAUGAUCCUAAGGGCGGAAGCAGCCUUUACUUUUCUGAGGUACAUGAGAAUUGUCCCGUUUUAUUCUAGAUAGAUUCCGGAGAGGUUCUUUGAGGUGGUUCUAUAAUGGGAAUGUAUAGCUGCGACGCAGUAGUGUUGUUGAGCUUCGGCUUGAAAUGUCCAUUAGUUGUUAUUGGAAGCCAUAGGCAUCGGAUCCCAUUACUUGUAGAAUCUCCUCGUCAAAUUAGUUGCAAAUGUAGUAGUGCCGCCCUUGGCGAGGUUGUAGUAGUAGUAGACAAGGAGGAGGGUACAGAACAACGAACCCCUAGGUUUAGUUCCGGUCUGAAUCUGACAGAUGAACAAGAUGAGGCAAUUACUCGGAUUCCUAUAAAGAUGUCAAAACGUUGUCAAGCGCUUAUGAGGCAGAUUAUAUGCUUCUCCAGCGAAAAGGGGAGCUUUUGUGAUUUGUUGGCUGCUUGGGUCAGGAGGAUGAGCCCCAUCAGAGCUGACUGGCUUUCUCUUCUUAAAGAGUUGAAGAAUCUUGACUCUCCCUUCUAUAUCAAUGUGGCUGAAUUUUCGCUGCUCGAAGAUUCCUUUGAAGCCAAUCCCCGUGACUAUACCAAGAUCAUCCAUUACUAUGGGAAGCUUAACCAAGUGGAAGAAGCUGAAAGAACUCUUCUUGCCAUGAAGAACCGAGGCUUUCUCAUUGAUCAGGUUACCCUUACUGCUAUGGUUCAGUUGUACAGCAAGGCAGGCUAUCAUAAACUGGCUGAAGAUACUUUCAACGACAUCAAAUUGCUUGGGGAACCACUAGAUUAUCGAUCCUAUGGUUCUAUGAUUAUGGCCUACAUUAGAGCUGGUGCUCCCGAGAAAGGAGAGGCCUUACUCAGAGAUAUGGAUUCCCAAGAAAUCUGUGCGGGAAGGGAGGUUUACAAGGCAUUGUUGAGAGCCUACUCGAUGGGUGGAGACGCACAAGGAGCCAAGCGGGUUUUUGAUGCUGUUCAAAUCGCCGGGAUCACUCCUGAUGUAAAGCUAUGCGGACUGCUCAUAAACGCAUACAGUGUCUUGGGACAGAGCCAGAAUGCGCGUUUGGCAUUUGAGAAUAUGAGAAAAGCGGGAAUCAAAGCUACUGAUAAGUGCGUGGCUCUUGUAUUGGCUGCAUAUGAGAAGGAAGAAAAGCUUAAUGAAGCAUUAGGGUUCUUGGUUGAGCUUGAGAAAGACUCUAUAAUGAUUGAGAAAGAAGCUUCUGCUGUGUUGGCUCGGUGGUUUAAGAAGCUUGGUGUUGUUGAAGAAGUUGAAUUACUUCUCAGGGAGUUUUCAUCUAGCCAGUCUAAACCCCUCUAAGCAUGCUUGAAGCGAGAUGCAAGCUUUCCUGUUUCUAUAAUGAGAGCCUGCACUGCGUGCUGUUUUGUCUGGCCACCAAAACAGCAUAUGGUUUUUCUUAUUUGCAUUUUGAAGAUUUUGUACGUAUAUAUUAUUAUUAUACGCCAACUUAAUUCGGUUCUUUUCAAUUAACUUGUAUCUCAGAAUAAAGUUUUUGAUUCGGUUCUAUUUAA